UACUGAGUCUGAAGUUUCCUUCUCCUUCGCCUCCCAACUCUGCACUGCAAUCGACUGCACCGACACCACGGCACACAACAGCUUCGACUUCCCUUCUACUCCCUCAACAAGCUGCGUACAUCUUAACAAGUCAUGUUCCGAAACGCACUCCGAGCAGCCAGCAGGCAAACACCAGCGACUAUGUUGGUUGCAAAGCGUGGAUACGCCGAGGCUGUGCCUACUGACAAGAUUCGUCUGUCAUUGACCAUGCCGCACCAGGCUGUCUUUGCCAACAAGGAUGUUGUUCAGGUCAACAUCCCCGCCACAUCCGGCGACAUGGGUGUCCUCGCCAACCACGUUCCCUCAAUCGAACAGCUCAAGGCCGGUGUGCUUGAGAUUUUCACAGAUGGUGGCAGUAAAGAGGAUUACUUUGUCUCUGGUGGAUUUGCCAUUGUCCAGCCUGGUUCAAAGUUGUCCAUCAAUGCAGUUGAGGCGUACAAGGUGGAGGACUUUUCAAAGGAGGCCAUCACCUCCAACUUGCAAGAAGCACAGCGUAUUGCAUCAGGCAGUGGCUCUGAGGAGGACAUUGCAGAGGCCAAGAUCCAGAUUGAGGUUCUCGAGGCACUCAAUGCCUAUGUCAAGUAG